CCUUCAACAAGAACCAAGCCAAACAUCAAUAUGCCUUUCGCGCAAACUGUCACAUUCUAAACGAAUAUUUAUAAAAUUUAGUUAUAAAAUAUAAAACUUAGUCCCUAAAAAUUCGCUUUUUAAGCGAUUAUUUACUUCGUAUCCUGUAUGUUAAUACAAAAAUAUGGGGGGACUUUUCAGUUAUUUUAGAAACUUGCUAGGUGCUCGGGAGAUGAGAAUUUUAAUUUUAGGUUUGGAUGGCGCCGGCAAAACUACAAUAUUAUACAGAUUACAAGUUGGUGAAGUUGUUACAACUAUACCAACAAUUGGCUUUAAUGUAGAACAAGUUACUUAUAAAAAUCUCAAAUUUCAAGUAUGGGACUUAGGAGGACAGACUAGCAUACGACCUUAUUGGCGAUGCUAUUAUAGUAAUACAGAUGCCAUUAUUUAUGUUGUGGAUUCAGCCGACAGAGAUAGAAUUGGAAUAUCUAAAGAUGAAUUACUCUACAUGUUAGGUGAAGAAGAAUUAGCUGGUGCUAUUCUCGUUGUUCUUGCCAAUAAACAAGACAUGGCUGGGUGCUUAUCAGUUGCCGAGGUUCAUCAAGCAUUGGGCUUAGAAGCUUUAAAAAACCGUACAUUCCAAAUAUUCAAAACGUCAGCAACAAAAGGUGAAGGUUUAGAUCAGGCAAUGGAUUGGCUAUCUAAUGCAUUACAAGCUAGGAAAUAAUAUCAAAUCAAUAGUCAAUUAUGUAUGUUCUAAACCAGGAUUGAAUGUGUUUUUCACCUAAACGAGCACAUACAUAUUUAUUUAUACAUAUUUAUAUUUAAACUGUCAUGUAUGCAAUUUCCAUAUGUUGAACAUUUAUAUGUUUAUAUUAAAAUGCAAAAAUUUCAAAUAUCAAUUCAAGAUUUCAACAAUCAACUUUUUAUGGCCGACUGGUUUGCCAUAAGAUUUUGAUGCUUCUGUACAAAAUAUUUUUAAUUACUUUAAAU